UACUGUAAAACAACAGUCCCCCCAAAAAACCUAACCUUUUUAAAUUCUCACUUCACUCUCUCUCUCCCCAAAACACCAAGAAGAAGAAAGGAGAGAGAUAUGGGUGAAGAGAAGGGAUCAACUCUAGUUCAUCUACUUGUUGUAAUCUUAUGCUUAGUUGCUUUUGGUUUCUCCAUUGCUGCUGAACGCCGUCGUAGCACUGGAACAAUUCAUAGAGACGACGUGACCAAUUCUACGUACUGCGUUUACGACUCAGAUGUUGCAACUGGAUAUGGCGUCGGGGCUUUCUUGUUUCUACUCUCAGGUGAAUCAUUGCUUAUGGGUGUGACUAAGUGCAUGUGUUUUGGAAGGCCUUUAGCACCUGGUGGAAAUCGAGCUUGGACCAUCAUAUAUUUCACAUCAUCCUGGAUGACUUUUCUGGUUGCGGAAGCUUGUCUGAUAGCAGGGGCAAAGAAAAACGCUUACCAUACUAAAUACAAGGGCAUGACGGAAAGCUUUUCAUGUGACACAUUGAGGAAAGGUGUUUUUGUUGCAGGGGCGGUGUUUGUCGUGGUGACCAUGAUUCUAAAUGUGUAUUACUACAUGUACUUUACCAAGGCUACGACGACUCAGCCUGCUCACAAAACCAACCGAUCUAGUUCGACUGUUGGCAUGGCCGGUUAUGCCUAGAUCUUAUUCUGUAAGGUAAAACUGUACAUUUAGCAUAUGGUUGCAAUUAUUUAUCUCAUGGACGUUGUCAUAUUACUUAAAAAGAUUGGCUUCGAGAUUGAAUCA